AUGUCAGAAGAUUUGGGAAAUGAAGACUAUUCAGAUGGAACAAUCAGCGAUGAAGAUGAAUCAGAUGAGGAUACCUUUGCGAAAAUUGUAAGUGAGGAUCUCCACCAGUGUGCAUUUUUAACAGGUGACUCCAUUAGUGACCCAUCUUUCCCCCGGACUACACAGAUACUGUUGGAAUAUCAGCUGGGGAGAUGGGUGCCGCGUCUUCGUGAACCACGAGAUUUAUAUGGUGUCUCUUCUUCUGGUCCGCUGAGCCCAACACGAUGGCCGUACCACUGUGAGGUCAUUGAUGAAAAAGUCCAACAUAUUGAUUGGACUCCUUCUUAUUCUGAGCCAGUGUACAUCCCAACAGGCCUGGAGGUAGAACCCCUUUAUCCAAACUCCAAGGAAGAUACUGUGGUUUAUCUAGCUGAAGAUGCUUACAAAGAGCCCUGUUUUGUGUAUUCCCGAAUUGGGGGCAACCGAACACCCCUGAAGCAGCCUGUGGAUAAUUGUGACAGUACUUUGAUGUUUGAAGCAAGGUUUGAGAGUGGUAAUCUACAGAAGGUAGUCAAAGUGGCAGACUAUGAAUACCAGUUGACCCUACGCCCCGACCUCUUCACAAAUAAGCACAGUCAGUGGUACUAUUUCCAAGUCACUAAUACCCAAGCAGGAAUAGUCUACAGAUUCACUAUAAUCAAUUUCACCAAGCCUGCUAGUCUUUACAAUCGGGGUAUGCGCCCCCUGUUUUAUUCUGAAAAAGAGGCGAAGGCUCAUCAUAUUGGCUGGCAGAGAAUAGGAGACCAAAUCAAAUAUUACCGAAACAGCCCUGGGCAAGACAGGCGCCAUUAUUUCUCUCUUACGUGGACUUUUCAAUUUCCACACAACAACGAUACCUGCUACUUUGCUCACUGCUAUCCAUACACUUACACCGACCUGCAAGAAUACCUUUCUAGCAUCAAUAAUGACCCAGUGCGAUCAAAGUUUUGUAAAAUACGUGUCUUGUGCCACACGAUUGCUAGGAAUAUGGUGUACGUUUUAACCAUCACCACCCCCUUGAAGAAUGCUGACUCAAGGAAGCAAAAGGCCGUGAUUUUGACGGCAAGGGUCCACCCAGGAGAAACCAACAGCUCUUGGAUCAUGAAAGGCUUCCUGGAUUUUAUUUUAGGAGACUCGAGUGAUGCGCAGUUGCUUCGGGACACUUUCAUUUUCAAGGUGGUACCCAUGCUGAAUCCCGAUGGUGUGAUUGUAGGAAAUUACCGGUGCUCCUUAGCUGGACAGGAUUUAAACCGUAACUAUACAUCUCUUUUGAAGGAGUUAUUUCCGUCUGUUUGGUAUACCCGGAACAUGAUCCGUAGAUUGAUGGAGAAACGAGAGGUUAUCUUAUACUGUGACUUUCAUGGCCAUAGUAAGAAAGAGAACAUCUUCAUGUACGGCUGUGGUGGUAGUGAUGGAUGUAAAGCAUUAUACUUACAGCAACGAAUCUUUCCACUCAUGCUGAGCAAAAAUUGUCCAGAUAAAUUUUCAUUCCCAGCUUGCAAGUUUAAAGUUCAGAGGAGCAAAGAAGGGACAGGAAGGGUGGUGAUGUGGAGAAUGGGAAUCAGAAACAGCUUUACCAUGGAGGCCACCUUCUGCGGAUCUACUCUGGGUAAGAAACGAGGCACUCAUUUCAACACAAAAGACUUGGAGUCAAUGGGCUAUCACUUUUGUGAUUCUCUCUUGGACUACUGUGAUCCAGACCGAACCAAGUAUUAUCAGUGCCUAAAAGAAUUACAAGAAAUGCACAAACAUAUCAACUUGGAGAAAGUCCUUGAUGAUUCAAAUACUUCUCUGAAAGAAAUUACGUUGGAUCCAGAGUCUAGUAGCCGAGGCUCUGACGACAGUUCAGAAUCCAAUGAUUCUCAGACUUAUUUUCUCAAGUUAACUUCACAGAUAAAAACCAAGAAAAAACAUCUGAAAACAAAGAAGGAAAGAAAUUCUAACAUAGCAAGCCUUCGAAAUGCCAGACAAGAGCAAGAGGUUUGUGAUAAAGAACAUUUAAUGCAAAGACACAAAGAAUCAAAUUCUGAAGUGAAAGAUACAAGGCCAAAUGUAUCAGAUGAUUAUGUACUUGAUUAUGACGGAAGACAGCUCCCUAAUCAACAUUUGGAGAAAAUACCUGGACAAGCCCCUCCUUGGCUUCUGAAAAGAUGCUUGAGCUCCCAAAGUGUGAUUCAGAAGCUUGGCAAAGACCAACCAAGACAUUUUUCAGAAGCUGAUAAGAGACCAAUCCUGGGACUAAUUCAGCCCGCCAGCACUGAGUUGUAUGGAAACUGCUUCAAAGUAACGUCCUUGAAGUGUGCGAUGAGCGAACAAACUCCCAAUUGGACUGAGAAGACAAGGAUACCAACAGAAGAUCUGCAUCACAGCCUAAAAAGCAAAAUGGAAGAAUGUACAUCUUUCCAAAGCAAGAAGACUGAUGUGAAUUGGACAGAUGAUGAAAAAAGAAUCUACAGGGAUAAAAGAAUAGCUCAAACUGAAGAAAUAUUGCAGUGUAUGUUGCCUAUCGUGGAAAGCACUAAAAACAUGCCAACCAGACAGAUAAAACUGAUAUUCAAUCCAAGAACCAACUUCCAAAUCCAGCGUCAACUGCAUCCAGCUACUUACGUAAACAAGAAGGCAUACAGGACAUUUUGGGCACCACCUAGACCUCCCCCGCUUAUAAGCCAAAGGAAUCUAAUGGUAAGCUCUUCAGAAUGGUGCAAGUCAGUAUCCCAGAAGUCAUUUGAAAGUUUGUCACGGCCCAAAGGAAACAAGGAGAGGAAAAACUGUUCUCGAAUCAAAGCCAUAAAGACGAAAGACGUGAAACCUGUCAACAGCAGAUGGGAAACUACUUCCUCAUGUUUUGAGAAGGACAAGAAUAUUAUCAAAGGCAAGAGUCUUCUAGCCAAAGAAUCCAACCAGCAAAACUCUAUGCAGAAAGCCUUCCUGUCCAAGGAUAAGAGUAAGGAAGAGCAACCAAACAGGAAUGGUGGACAACCCCCUUCCAUUUGAAGUUCCA